AUGGUGAGGUCUGAAAAUAUGGCCGCUGGAUUGAAAUUUCAGAUCCCACAAGAUAAGGUGGAUGGAAGCUUAAUCAACAUUGUACAACGUGCUGAUGAAGAAGAGCAUGACCACGACCAUGACCACGAAGAAGAGAAAAGUCACGACCACGAAGAUGAAGCAGAAGAAGAAGGGGAAAGUCACGACCACGAGGAAACUUUUUCAGUUACAGGCUGUCAUAUGCAUGGUGACUUACAGUACUGUAAAGACCCCGAAGGAAAUGAAGGCUACAUUACCCCUACUAUUGCUGAUGCGCCUACAAACUAUACUGGAUGUCAUGCACACGACAAUGAAACUUAUUGUAUGCACGGCGAGGAGCAUGUCCAAUUUAUUGUCAAUUCGGCAGAUGUCGAAUCAGCGCCAUCUUCUUCCACAUCUUCUUCCUCAUCAAAUUGUCACUUCCAUGCUGGCGUAGAGCAUUGCGAGGAUGACUCUAUCACAAAUGCAGAUGCACAAACUUGUGAAGCAGUUCAAAGAGACUACAAUAUCCCAUUACGUAUCGGUCUUCUUUUCGUGAUUUUAGUGACCAGUGCCAUUGGAUCUUUUGGACCAAUGGUUUUGAAAUCCUUAUUCAAGAUGUCACAAGAAAACGUUUUAAUAACAAUAAUCAAACAGUUUGGAACCGGAGUAGUCAUAUCGACCGCCUUUGUUCAUCUCAUGACCCACGCUGCUCUCAUUUGGGGUAAUUCUUGUUUAAGGUUGAGCUACGAGGCGACUGGGCCCGCAAUCACCAUGGCAGGGUUAUUUGUCGCCUUUUUGAUUGAAUAUGUUGCCUACAGGCUCCUUGGCAAAUCAAGAAUAAACAAUAAAGAGAUGCAAGGUGCACACAUCCACGAUGUCGAGCAAGGUGACAACCAUGCAGACUCAAUCCAAGACUCAAUAGAAAAUUCCAUUGAGAAAUCUCCCGAAAAUGUGUCAGCACACUCGAUCAAUCCACUGGUUGACCCAAGAAAGGAGAAAAUCUCAGUAAUGAUUCUCGAAGCAGGUAUCGUCUUUCACUCAAUCCUUAUUGGUCUCACACUUGCCGUAACAGCAGACACAUACUUUAUCACCUUGUUUAUUGUAAUUGUAUUCCAUCAAUUCUUUGAAGGUAUUGCACUUGGCUCCAGGAUCAUUGACCUUAAAACGGCUACCAUCGUGACAAAAGUCAUAAUGGCCCUGGUGUUUGCAUUGAUUACCCCCAUUGGUAUGGCCAUUGGGAUUGGAGUGCUCAACCAAUUCAAUGGAAACGACAAGUCAACGAUAAUAGCGUUGGGGACUUUGGACUCAUUCUCCGCUGGUGUGUUGUUGUGGACGGGACUAAUUGAAAUGUGGGCUCACGAUUGGUUGUUUGGAUACUUGAGACAUACCAAUAUGGUGCACACGGUUUUGGCUAUGGCUGCACUUGUUGCCGGCAUGCUCUUGAUGAGUUUCUUAGGUAACUGGGCAUAA